GAAGAAACAUGGCGGCGCGGAGCUGUGGAGGCUGCAUCGGUUGAGCUGCUGGCAGUUUAAACAACAACAGACGGGCACACGGUCACUGUGGAAGGGGGCCGCAGUGUAGCGGGGACACUGCCGCAUGAGCAGGGCGAGGUUAGUCUCUGAACCGGCGGAGAAACUCAUUUAUUUUCUGUCCUCGAAACGAGAGAGCCGAGCGGGGAGCCACGAAAACAAGUCGGACAUGAACGGGGAGAUUGUAUGCAAUAGCCAUCCAGUCACUGUCUUAAGCUGCACCAAGUCGAUAUCACCAGUUCACGAUGAAAUCAAGCUGACACAGGAGGGACGGUGCUCGCCAAUAUGCUUCCAGCAGAAUGAUGCUCAGAGGCAGGGAGAGGGCAGGAGAACAAACACCAUCAGCACGACACCAAAAGACUCAAAGACUGGUUUCCCAGAGAUGGAGAGCAGCUACAGCCAGUGUUCACCCUGCUGGUCAGAUGAACAGCCGUCGCCUCCGCAGCUCCACUGCACUCAGACCUGCCUUCGUUCCUCCACCGAGCUCCCCCUGCCGCUGGGUAACAGCUUGGCACACGCUCCCCUCCACGCCAGCAACAACGGUGGCGCUCUCCACAGCAUCCAGAGGAGAGGAGUGCGCCUCAAGGUCAAAGGAAAGAAGUCCACGCGAAGAAUUGCAGGCGGGAAAAACUCUCAGAACCGGAAAGUUACUGACUACUAUCCGAUAAGACGGAGCUCGAGAAAAAGUAAAACAGAGCUGAAGUGUGAAGAAAAGAAGCUCAUCGAUGAUCUCAUCACAAAUGGAAUAGAAGAAGGAAUGGAGGUGCAGCACAUAGAAGGAAAGGGGAGAGCGGUGUUCGCCACUCGGUGUUUCCAGAAAGGCGAGUACGUGGUGGAGUACCACGGAGACCUGCUGCAGAUCACCGACGCCAAGAAGAGGGAGGCUGAAUACGCUCAAAACCCUGCCACUGGCUGCUACAUGUACUACUUCCAGUUCCUCUGCAAAACUUACUGCGUGGACGCCACAAAAGAGACUGGUCGAAUGGGUAGGUUGAUAAAUCACAGUAAAAACGGAAACUGCCAAACCAAACUCCACGACAUCAACGGGGUCCCUCACCUCAUCCUCGUCGCCUCUCGAGACAUCGACGAGGGCGAGGAGUUGCUCUACGACUACGGGGACCGCAGCAAAGCCUCCAUCGCAGCUCACCCGUGGCUCAAAUAUUGAUCCUCGGGGUGGAGAAACAAAAAAGAAAAGGGAAACGUACAGUAACACUUGUGUUUCUCAUUAGCUAGUGUACAAAUUGCCUUAGAAACAGAAUGUGUACCCUUUUGUUCCGAUACUGAGGAAGUGGGAGGGGGUUACGUGUUCAGGGGUGGGCGGGGUUUACGGGGUACUUAUCACAUUUCGAUUACCGUCUAUCUGCCUUGUCAGAAGACACCUGUACUUUUAUUUAUGUGUAUAUGAAACAUUCUGGUUGUUUUGCAGCACAUUUCUUUUGUACAUUUUGUAUUACCUAUAGACCAAUGCUUCAACAGCAUGCAGGUGGUAGUUAAUGCUCUGCAUUUUUAUACUGCGUUUUUCUUAAUUAGUCCUUAGAUACUUAGCAAUACUUCUACUUACGAGGCCCCGGAGCCCUUUUUUUGAAUCAGCGAGAGCUAUUUGAUGCAAAUUACAGAUUAUAUUCUGUUCAAGUAGAAUUUGAUUUCAGCCAUUAGCACUCACACAGUCUGCUGUCAUUUAGUGGAGGUGUAAUCGUUUACCAAACUCAUGGUUCUGUUGGCGUUUUUGGGUCUUAAUUACAAGAGAACAUGACUUAACACUGGAUCAAAGUAUUAGUGUUGAACAUAGAGACUUAAAGAUAACAUAAGAAUACAGAAAUUAGUCACAUUAAUAAUUUCCCUCUGUUUUCAUGCUUUUUUAAAACCUUAAUGUGUUUUUUAAUAUUUAAUACAUUUGGAUUAUCAUGUAGAAGUUUUUCUGCCCACAGUAUAUCCUGUUCUGGCUGUUAAAAUACACAAUGUAUAUUAAAGUUUAUAACAUAAAUAGUAAUAUAAAUAGACUCAAGAAUUAAAGGAGUUUCAGUUUCUCCAUAACCUCGACUGGCUCACAUGAUUAUCUAGUUUCUCUUUUAUUUUCACUUAAGUAUAGAUUCUUCACUGUCUGUAUCACUGCACUGUGUAAAUAUAUUUAUUGGCUCGCUGUUUCAAAUCAAAGGGUGGUUUAAAGGAAUAGUUCGACAUUUUGGGAAACUUUUUCACUUUCUCACAAGACAAGAAGAUUGACAUCAAAGCUAUGAGAGCUGUGAACCGGCAAAUUGCCUUAAAGAAGCUGAAAUUUAAACUUCCAUUUGGCUUUUUUUCACUUCACUUUAAUUUCACUGUGACAUACUUAUAUUGGGAAAGCGCUGAGCCCAUUAACUCUUUGAGUCCAGCACCUCAGGAACCAGCAGUAAGCCUUCAGACAUGGUACCUAGACCCUCGGUGUGUUCAGACAGUCCUCUUAAAUGUGGGCGGGGUUGUUGUCACUCACUGCUCCGUCCAGCACUCGCUGUAUUUCCUCAUCAGCGGUGACACAGAUGGAAGUCUGCACCUGGUUUAUCGUCCACAGAACGAGGCUGCACGCCCACAUUUUCACAACAAAAUAGAACAGGCUGCAGUGAGAGUCUCUCUCCAUGGGAUAUUUAGAAAUAGCAGCUUUGUGCAUUUAGUCCUUCUCAGGCAAGCUCAGGGGUUUAGUGUUGCUGUAGCCCACAGGAAGUGAGGAUUAGAAUAUAUGACCUUCACAUAAUCCGCUCCAAAUGAAUCUAUAUUUUUAAAGUCAUUACUAAAAGUGUGUGUCAUAUAAAAACUAAAGUGAUGGUCAAAGUUGUCACAGUGAAAUUUAAGGUGUGCUGAUGGAUUCACGUCAUCAACUCAUGCAUUGAGUAACAUUACAAGUUAACGUUCCACCUUAAAAGUUGCCGGCAGUCGGCCCAGUGAAUGACAUUUAUUCAAAAUUGAAUUAUGUAAAUUUCUGUGUCUGAAUCACGAGGGAAAGAGGUCAAAUUAAGCCUCUGUUUUAGCCAAACCACAGAGUCCUCACUUCUCUGAACAGACGUAAACUUUGACGAGGCUUUUAUCACAAAGCUAUGACCAAACAAUAAUUUUAAUUAUUAAACAAGUUCCAGUCUUGUUGUCACUCAUGUCGAUCUCAGCAUCGUGUCAGUUUCAGUCGUGUCAUUGGAGGAGAUGGAAGGCAAAGUUAUUGGUGUAGAGCUUAGUUUGCAUUCACGUGCGAUUUUCGACUUUGGCGUGUUCAUGAGUGGUAAUGUGCGAACAACAUGAAUGCUACAAAGAGGCUAUGUUGUAUUUUACCAUUCCAGACAUUUAAACAACAUGGCAAUGGUUGGAAGCUUCAUGUCACAAAAAGAUUUUGUCAUGGACUUGUUGCUGCACCAGUAUGUCCCCUAAAACUACUAAAAUAUUGCUUUACCUCCCUGAAGAUCUAGGUCACACUACGCAGACAGCAACUAACAAUUACAACCUAAUACCAUAUUAUAUAUUGCAUGUGAGCAAAAAUUUGACAUGCAGUAUGUGAAUUAAUGUGAAGUUUAUUUCCAUCAACUGAGUAUUUACUUUUGUCCGCCAUGUUUCUGCAAGUUUUGUCAACUCUGCAACUCAUGUACCAACAUUUUGACCAACUCUGAGUUGUUUUUCUGACUUAAAGGGGCGUUAAUGUGAAUUUUCCCAGUCAGGAACUAAUUUUUCUGAUUAUUCUGACACCACGUGAACGCAACAUUAGCUUUUUAUUGUAGAAACGAGGACCAAAAGUCUCAAAUCAUCACAAAACUGUUCUCAAAAAAAUAAAAAGUAGCUCAGUUUGGUGCAGAACCAUCCAGUCUGACAAUACAGGUGGAUUUUGUUAUCUUUGGACAGAGCCAGGCUAACUGUUCCCCUGUUUCCAGUCUUUAUGCUAAGCUAAACUAAGCUAAGCUAAUAGCCUGCUGGCUAUGUAACAGACAGACAUGAGAGUGGUAUCUAUCUUGUCGAACUCUCUGCAAGAAAGCAAAUAUUUCCCAAAAUGUCUAACUAUCCCUUUAACAGACGAACAAAGGCAUCUGCUGCACACGUCACACACAUUUUAUGUUUAAUGCUAACACAACAGCAGCCUCCUGGUGUGACCAUGUGUUUGGUGAACUGUUACACUCCAACUGUAUAUUGUAGAUCUUUGCAGGUUUUCUACACGUCCUUUUUUCUCACUCACAAAAUAUUGUUCUUUAUUGUUCCAUGUCAAAGUAUUUAACAGCUUUUUUUUUUUUUACUUUAUAUUUUGAGGAGCUUUUUUCAAAUGUGUUUUCAUGAAUUGUAGCCAGAAGGUCAAAUAUACUCCACUUAUUUAUCUUGAUUUGUGUUUGAUUUCAUCUCAUCUAGAAAACCACAGAUGAGUAUUGUUAUUUUUCUUUUAGCGAAUCGUUAAUAUGUAUACGUGUUUUUUUUUAAUUUUAUGAAAUUCCAAUUCUUUGCAUUAGCUUUUUUUGUUUUGUUUUGUUUUGUUUUUUUUAAAUAGGAAUGGCAUAAAUCACAGUGGCACUCAGUGUAAUUUAGAGUAUUUUAGGUUGAGUAAUGACACCACUUUGGUCAAAUUACUAAUUAUAAAUUCAUAUAUCAUAGAUAAAUGGCCACAUGCAGUGCAGGUUACAGUUAAAUCCUCUUCUGUUUCUUCACCUGGAAGUGAUUAAAACAGAAUAAUGCGACUGUUUAAAGCAUAAGCCUGUUUUAGUCUAUAUUUUUGUUACCGUCGACAAAUCCUAUGAAAAGACCAAAACCAACGAGGCGUCUUUCAAGAGUAAAAUCUUUAGAAAUACCUUGUAUUAAAAAAUUGGAUUUAUUGAUAGUAAAAAAAAUACAGAGGACUAUCCUUUAACUUUUUAAAUUAAAAUACAGUAACAGGCUUUAAUACAGUUGAUCUUCUAUGAAUGAAGUAGCAAUAUUAAAAUCUUACCAGCGUACAUAUGACAUGCAUCAUCACUUUUUCUUUUGUUUUCAUUAAAACACAUUUUUAUUUAUUUUAUUGUACAGCACAUUUCUCCUCUUACAGGUGCUGUUUGUUUUAUUGCUGGUAUUAUCUUAAAUUAUUAUAGACUUUUUUUUUAAUUAUGAAGUUAACAGCUCCAUCUUAAAGGGACAUUUUGGGAAAUGUGUCUGCUUGACAAAAAUUACAUGAGAAGAUCGAGACCACUCAUAUCUUUUUGUUAGAUAUGAUGCUACAGCUACAUGUUAGUUAGCUUAGCUUAGCAUAAAGACUAAAAAAGGGGGAAACAGCUAGCCUGGCUCUGACCAACAAGAACAAAAAUCAUGAUGUCUUGAGCUCACUUAUUUACUUUAAUCUUGUGUUAAUUACUGAGCAAAUAAUUUGUCUUUAGUGAUGUUUAAUGAUCAACCAGGCCAGCUGUUUCCCUGUUUCCAGUCUUUAUGCUAACGCAAGAUAGCGGUUUCCCCAUUUUUAGUCUUUUUGCUAAGACAAGUCAGCUGUUUCACCUUUUUUUGGACUUUAUGCUAAGCUAGCUAUUUACCAUUUUUCAGUCUGUAUGCUAAAAUAGCAGCUUCCUCCUGAUUUUAGUCCCGCCCAACUAUUUCCUAUCAUAAUGCUUAGCUAAGCUCGCUGUUUCCAUUUCCAGUAAUUAUGCUAAGCUAAGAAAGAUGGUUCCCUCUAUUUCCUGUCAUAAUGCUACAGUAGGCUAGCUGUCUCCCUGUUUCCAGUCGUUAUGCUAAGCUAAGAUAGCUUUUUUCCCCGUUCCCAGUCAUUAUGCCAGGCUAAGACAGCUGUUUCCCUGUUUCCAGUAUUUACAUCAAGCUAAGCUAGCUGUUUCCGCCUAUUUCCAAUCACAAUGCUAAGCUAAGCUAAGCUACCUGUUCCCAUCCGUCUCCAGUCAUUAUGCUAAGCUUAGGUUGCUGCUUCCCUCUGUUUCUAGUAAUUAUGCUAAGCGUAGAUAGCUGUUCCCCUGUUUGCAGUCAUUAUGCUAAGCUAGUUGUUUCCCCAUUUCCUGUCAUAAUACUAAGCCAAGCUCGCACAUUCCCUGUUUCCAGUAAUUAUGCUAAGCUUAGAUAGCUGUUCCCCCCGUUACCAGUCAUUAUGCUAAGCUAAGAUAGCUAUUUCCUUCUGUUUCCAGUAUUUAUGCUUAGCUAAACUAAGCUAACUGUUUCCAGUUGCUGUGCUGAGCUAAACUAGCCGUUUCCCCUGUUUUCAGUCUUAAUGCAAACCUAAGAUAGCUGUUUCCCGUUUUCUGUCUUUAUGCUAAGAUAGCUGUUUUGCCCUGUUUCCAGCCAUUAUGCUAAGCUAAGAUAGCUUCUGCCUUGUCCAGUAUUUAAGCUAACCCAAGCUAAAAUAGCUUAAAACAGACAUUAUGCUAAGCUAAACUAGUUGUUUCUCCAGUUUUCAGUAAUCACGCUAAGCUAGCUGUUUCCUCCUGUUUCCAGUUUUUAUGCUAAGUUAAGCUAAUUACCUCCCGACUGUAGCUUUAAAUUUAUCUGGCAGAUUUGUGAGUGGUGUCGAUCUUCUCAUCUAACUCUCAACAAGAGAACAAAUAAUUUUAUUUCCCAAAAUGUCAGUUUCUGUCUUUGAGCCCUUUGAAUUAAGUUCUUAACUUAUUGUUUCAAAAUUAUGCUAAAACUGAAGCUACUGUACCAAAAUGUCAGAAACCAUCUCCCCAUAAAUCUCUGCAGUCAUUUAGGUUUUACAGAUUUUCCAUUUAAGUGUUCAAAAAUCAUCAAAGGACUUCUUAAUGUUUCCAGAAUAUUCAGUGUACUAUUCAACUCCAGGAUUCUCAAAUAUUUAAUUUAAAUACCAUUAAAAACAGUAUCAUCAGUGUUAAUACAAAGGGCCCAGUCACGUCUGUAUGGGUAAAGUACAUUUCAGAGAACGCGCACUUUGACCUUCCCUCUCAGCUCCUCCUCUGCCUCCUCUCUAACAGUAGCAUUAUGUGUGAGAUGUUUUCAUGUGAGCCUUUUCUUAAACAUGUUACAGUUCAGACUAUUGCAUUUUUUAAGAUGUAGAACUAAAGGAAUAAUACCAGAGGGGCAAAACUGACCUGUCGGCCAUUUUUAGGACAUAAUAGAUCUUUGCUGUUGUAGCGUUGAAUAAAUCUUAAUGCUGGGGUUAAGGCAUCAAUGAAUAAAGAUGUA